UGCUCACUCUGAUUGCUUCCCCCAUCCUCCAUUACUGAACCGAUCGAGCCGCCCGUCUCAUUAUAUAUACCCUUUCUCUGCACUUGCGCAACCGCCACGCACUCCCCUGCAUUAAAAAGCUAGCAAGCUACUGUUCGCCGAGCUCUCUUCUACUUCCACAACUGCACCCAUAUCUAAUAACUCUGCAUAUAUAAUCGGACUGCAAGCAUGUCCAGCAGCCGGAGGUCACUCCCACGGCGCGCCGGGAGCUCGCUGUCGUCGAGGUCGAUCUCUGAGGACCAGAUCUCCGAGCUCCUGUCCAAGCUUCAGGCGCUGCUCCCGGAGUCUCAAACUCGCAAUGGCGCACAUAGGGGCUCGGCCUCGGCGGCGAGGGUGUUGCAGGACACGUGCAGCUACAUCAGGAGCCUGCACCAGGAGGUGGGCAACCUCAGCGAGACGCUCACCGAGCUGCUCUCCUCCGCCGAUGUCACCAGCGACCAGGCCGCCGUCAUUAGGAGCCUCCUCAUGUGAUCUCUGCCAAAGCUCGGCGUUAGAUCUCAGGCAUGCAUGCCUAGCUAGCUACCGUACGUUGCAGCAGGCCAGCAGCAACUUAGCUGCCCUGGCGCUGUCUAGCUAGCUACUAAACUGCUUUUAGCUGCUUAGUAUGUAGUGUGUAGUUCUUGUACUUCGAUGUAGUUUGCAUUGUGACUCUCUACUUCGUAAAACCGGUUUGAUAGUUAAUCCAAUAAGUUGGAUCUGCGAGGUUUUGCAAAUCAUGAUCACAGGUUUUAAUUAUAUAUAGAAGAUACUACUGCUACUCUACUACAACUAGGAUGGAGCUUCAUGUUGUUGUACUU